AUGCGAAGGAAUAGCGGCUUAUCGACAAUCUCUCAUGAAAGGAAUGACAAAAAUAGAAAAACUAAACAACAAGAUGAUGUACUGGAAGAAAAAGGAGGAAUAAGUAGUGGAUCCGUGAGUCCAGGAAAGGAUUUCCUCGAAGAUAUCCUACGGCUUUUCUUGUCAAUGGCCAAAGAAUGUCAACCGGAUAGGGCACCGGCGAAGCCUAUGUAUGGUAUGUUAUGCAUUACCGGUAACGUACUGAUGCACUGCUGCACUGCUGAAGUUAGUAAUACUGUAAGAAUGAUGAUAUUCCUUCUGGUCCCGGAUGGUGGACGUAUGAAGAGAGGAGGGAGAAAUAGGAAAAGGGUAGAUAAGAGGUCUAGAUAUAGUAAAGAUGUUGAUGUUGUUGUUGUCGAAGCAAGUACCAACAAGCUUAAGCAAAACAUUUCGUCAGCUCCAAACAACAAAGGAGAGGUUUCCAAGAUGGCAAGCCAUGGUAUGCCACGGAUUGCGACGACUGAACAAAAAUCAAUAGCAGUCCAGAAAAAGGAACGCAAGGACAUUGAAGAAUACAAAGCUUUAAUAGAGCUGAUCGACCUAAAGAUUGCAAAGCGUCAAUAUACUGCUGAGGUACUCGAACUUACAUCCAAACUGCUGUCGAAAAAUCCAGAAUACUAUACGAUAUGGAACAUCCGCAGACGUUUGCUAAUCUAUGGAUUGUUCUCGAAAUCAUCGGAAUCGUCAUCGGAAUCGGAGCCCCUAUUGCCUUCUUCUGGGCCAUCCGAGAGCUUGACGUCUGGCGUAAUCUCAUCCUCCUCUACCUCUGCUUCUUCCGAGGCCUUGAACACGACCCAGGCCGACCCGCACCCCCAGACUCCUGGGAAGAAUUCUACAAUUCUUGAUUUGAUAAAAGCAGACUUGAAUUUUAUAUUUCCGUUGAUGUUGGGCUGGCCGAAAUGUUAUUGGAUAUGGAACUAUCGAUUGUGGCUGUUGAAGCAAGCCAAUGACCGUAUGACUGCCGAUAUUGCGAGAGGAUUGUGGCAGCGCGAACUCAUCUUGGUGGGGAAGAUGUUGGCAAAAGAUAGUCGGAAUUUCCAUGGUUGGGGGUAUCGACGUACCGUGGUUUCUCAACUGGAGGAUCCCAAAUUAAAUGGUUCAAGCAUGGUUGAAUCGGAAUUUUCAUACACUACAAGAAUGAUCAAUGCGGAGUUGAAAAACUUCUCGGCGUGGCACAACCGAAGUAAAUUAAUACCGAGAUUGCUCAACGAACGGCAGGCCACCUCGACCGAGAGACGGCAGUUUUUAGAUGAUGAAUUUGAAUUCGUUACUAAAACUAUGUGGAGUGAUGCAUAUCCAUAUGACCAAUCCGUUUGGUUCUAUCAUCAAUUUCUUAUGUCAACUCUUACCGAAUCUGUGGGUCAUGCAACCAUAACCCCAAACUUCUCUCGAGAAGAACGUAUCGAAUAUAUUAAGCAGCAACUUAUCAAUCUGAGGGAUUUUCUUGAAGGAGGUGAGGACUGUAAGUGGGUUUAUGAUGCUUUAUUUGAGUACACACUAGCUGUAUGUGAAAUGGAAGAGCGUUUGCCCGAAUGUGAUGAGGUACAAGAUUGCAAGGCUUGGCUUCUGGAAUUGAGAAAGCUUGACCCUAUGAGGGCUGGUAGGUGGGACGGCCUUGAGAUUUCUCUGAGGAAUAACGGCAUGCCACCUCUAUCUAAUGAAUAA